GUGUCUACUUUGUAUCGUCGUGAUAGAUAACUAUCAUUAAAGCGGGCAGUUUGUCGUUUUUCCGCUUUUGAAUUUCACGGUAUAAAAAUAUAUUUAUUGGUGUCUGAAGAUAGGAAACAAGUAUACCAACCAGUGUACUAUUCCACGUUAGUUCUGUCUUAUUACAACUGGCGAGAGGCGUAGCAGUGUUGUAUAAAAUACGCACGGAGUGAAGUUCCCAGAUUUCAAUGUCAGGAGUAGCAUUACAGACAAGAAAUUCAACUAAGAAUAGCCUGGCUGGUACAUCCUGCACAAUAUGCCACCAUUCCUGGAUCUCCCUUCCCUCAUUAUUCUAAACCAAAGGUGAAGAAAAGCUAAAUCCGAGAACUUUCAUAAUAAGCUUCAAAUUGUUUUCUGUUUGGAAGUCACUAUGGGUAACACUUGUUCUACAGGACAAAAAAAGAAAGGCAAGGAGAAGAUUCCAACAACAGAAGGUUCUCCUCCCGGCAGUAAGCGGCGAAUUUCUGUACAAUCCACAGAAAGUCUACCUUAUGGAAAAAGCUCACCUCCAACAACAAGAGGAAAGGAUUCUGGGUUUAUCACUAGUGAGGCAACUACUGUUCCCUCUUCCUAUGAUAACAAUCAAUUUCAGCUUGAGGAAGUAUCUAAGGUGUCUACCCAAGACUUUCACACUCCACAACCUCAACCAAUUCCAGUUAGCGUUCCAAUAACAGUUGACAAACCUUCUACUUGGGAGGAUGCCAAUGUUUUGUCAGAUUUGCAAAGAUUUCCAGAAGCAGUGCGAUUAUUGUUACAAGGAAGUUUUGAGGAACCUCUGCCACCGUGUCCUGUUAAACAGAUCUCUCUUUACAUCAGUGCUGUUUAUUGGGAUACUCAAGUAGAAAGGUCUUUCUUCAUGGAACAUGUCUAUCCUGAUUUGAGGUUACAAUGUGCUGAAAAUGGAUAUGAGCUCAAUGUUAUAGACUUACACUGGGGUCUUGCUGGUGAUUGUUUAGAUGACCAGAGUUUCAAAGAUGUCUGUCUUGAUACUAUCAAGGAUAUAAAAGGAAGAGGACACUUAAUUGCAGUGGUCUUUUUUAAUAACAUGCUGGAUACUCCUAUGUUACCAAGAGAAAUUUUAGCCACAGUUUUUGAAUCAUUUAAAAGCAACUUAGUAUCUCCUGAGAAGCAAGAACUAUUUGAAAAAUGGUACUUCCUUGAUGAAAAUGCAAAUCCAUCGUGUUACUUCCUUCGGCCAGUGAGUGAACACUUGCCGGGCAUACUUGAAGAAUUACAGGAUGUCAGACUUGAGGCCAUUGAAGUGUGGAGAAAAGAAGCAAAUGAGAUGCUAGAAACCUUAAAUUCAAACUUAGAAGAGAAAGAAAAAUAUUUAUCGACAGUCUUAGAAGAAGAGUUAAAAAUGGUGAUUUUUGAUGAUCCCUCAAUGGCUAAGUGUAGUUUAUGGCUUCAACGAAAGUAUACUCACAAUCCUAAGGCUGAAAAUGUUGAGGAGAGUGCUCAACUGAAUGUUAGCCUUGUGGAAAGCACUGCUUUAAAGUUGAAAGCUCUGCAACUGAAUUUAGAUGAAUAUUUUCCCGAGUCACAGAAGCUGGUAUUUCAUGUUAAGUGGCAUGAUGGCAGCAUUAAUCCCAAAAUCAUACCAGAUCAUGAAGAAUACUUGAAUGAGUUGUGCACAACUGUGAAAAGUGAGCUUUGUAAGAUUAUCAAUGGGAUCUAUGAAGAAGAUAUUAUGGAGGAAGCCCAUCAGCCUUACAAAGGUAUAGAAAAUCCACUUUAUACUGAACUUGUACAGCAAGCAGCAACAUGUAAGGCCCUCCUUUCCUCAUUUGUUGGUCGUCAAGAACUUUUGGCAAAACUCCGAGAAUACGUCAUCUCAGAUUCAACCCACCCUUUUAUUAUCUAUGGUCCUGCUGGCUGUGGUAAAACUGCACUAAUGGCCCAGGCUUCACAGCUGUGCUCUGAUUGGGUACCUACUGCUCCUGUUAUUGUCCGCUUUAUUGGUAUGACCUCAGAAUCUAAGACAUUAGAACAAGUUUUACGAAGCAUUUGCGAACAGGGCUGUGCUCUCUUUGGAGAGCAUCCAUCUUUAGCAUCUAAGAGUGGCUGGGAACCAAACCAGGUUCUAGAAGUAAUUAUGGACAGAGUGACAUCCUACCGUCCUUUAAUCAUCUUUAUAGAUGGCAUAGAUCAGAUUGCUUCAUUUAGCAGUAGAGAUCUUAAGUGGCUUCCAGCUGAAACACCUAAAUAUGUAAAACUGAUACUUAGUGUUCGGGAUGAAACUGAUGAGUAUCAGGAGAUUAAGAAUAACGUGUUGAAUGAAAAAAAAGGAAGUUUUCUUUUCGUUCCUGGUUUAGCUCAAGAGGAAUGCCUCUCUCUUGUGGAUGAAGUGCUGCAGAGAAAGGAUCGAAAAAUAACAGACCCACAGCAUCAGCUUGUUCUUCAAUGUUUUGACAAGUGUAGCUCUCCUCUCUAUGCUGAGCUGUUAGCUCAUCAGUGUUCAGAAUGGGAAAGUGAUCAAGGUGCAGAUGAUAUAGUUAUUAAAUAUACAAGUGAAGGGGUGUUUAUGGACACUGUAACUGAAGUAGAAAAAUGUUUAAGUGCUGCUACCUUAGGUUUUAUACUUGGACUUUUAGUUACUGCAAAACAUGGAUUGUCUGAUGCUGAAAUAUUAGAUAUUCUGUCCUGUGAGAAAUCAUUCUUAGAUCACCCAUUGCUUACUUCUAGUGCUUCUUCUCCUAGGUAUUUUCCUUACUUGCUUUGGUAUCAGAUUAAGAGAAAACUGUUUGUGUUUUUCAAAACAUCUAUAGUUAGUGGUAAACAUUUAAUUUCUUGGAAAAAUGAUAUGCUUAGAAGUUUGUGUAAAACAUACUGUCAUCAUGUAGGUGUGGCUACAGACUCAAUUAUUUUGGCUCUAAUUAACUACUUUCAAGGAAAGCAUGGAAAAAGUAAGAUGAAGGUUGAUUCCAGUAAGGAAGAAACAGAAGAAAAGCUGAAGCAGUUAGUGCUAGACCAGCCAAUAUUCUAUAAUUCUCAUCCAAACCGCCGAAAACUUGAUGAGUUACCUUUCCAGUGUUUGCAACAUUUUGAUGACAGCUGGGUUAGGGAAUACUUCCUUUUCAAUACAGAUUGGUUGUUAAGUAAGUUUCAAGGAUCUGAUCCUUAUCAAAUGCUAGAAGACAUUGCCAUUUAUCAGUCUUGUGUUCCUUCUGAUGCAGAUGUAUUCCUCCUACAGAAAGUCAUCCAACUGUCCAGCUAUGCCCUUCGAUAUGAUGGCUCUCAGUUUUUAUCUCAAGUGUAUGGUCGACUUUCUCGAAUUAUAGCUGAAACAACUGACAGAGGACAGUUUCCUUCGAUUAAAGCUAUCUUUCAUACAGCUUCUUUGCCUCCAAUUCCUAGCCUCCUUCCUCUCAUACCUUGUCUAAAAGAACCACAUUUAGAGCAUCAAAAUUUUCAAGAGACUAGUGAUAGAAAAACUGGAAGAUCUUUUUGUGGUAUUUAUUGGUUGAAAAAUGACUUAACUCAUGUAAUCUCACUUUCCAUUGAAAGUGGAGAGAUAAUACUCUGGAAUAUUUAUGAACAAACCCCUGUAAGAAUUAUUAAAGGUGUGACACAGCCUAGAAAUAUUCAAAUGAUUGAUUCUCAUCGUGCUUUGGUGUUGUGUAAUCGGGAGCUUAAAGUUUAUGACCUAAAUGAAGGAAAACUUCUCAUGAAGUUGAAAGGUGUGAUGAACCAGAAAAUGGCUUACUUUGGCCUUCAUAGCGAAAACUAUGUUGUAGCAUUAUCCAGAAACCGAAUGUAUUUGAAUAUGAUGAAUCUAGAAACAGGUGAUUUGGAGACAACUUUUAAAGUUGGUGAGGACAGAUUUCUGAAUAGCUUACUUGUAAGUGCCAAUGGAAGGAUCUGUGUGUGUGGUGAUGAAACACAAAAGCCUUUUCCACUGCUGGUCUGGGAUUUAGCAAACAGAAAGCUAAUGUAUGAUCUGCGAAUACCACACCAUGAAUUUGUGACUCGUUUGUCGGCAAUUAGUGCUGAUGGACAUUAUGUAGCCAGUGUGUGUAGGGAGAUAAAUGAUAGUACCCCUAAUUUCAUUAUUGUGUAUGAUCUUCAAAGUGGUACUUUGUUUAAGAAAUGGAAGCCUGAGACUAGCAGCUGCAGCAUUGCCAUCUCUUCACAAGGAGGUUGUGUGGUAAAUGGAUUAGAAAACACGUGGAUCUUAGUGUGGGACUUGGCCACUGGUGGCCGCAGGUUUAUUCUUAGAGGUCAUAGUGCUCCAGUUGAUAACAUAAAGAUGGAUGAAACAGGAUCUCGAUGUCUUUCUUACGAUUUAAGUGGGAGAGAUCGAAGUGUCCGGGUGUGGGAUGUAACCAAAGGUAUCUGCUUAGCAGUGUUUACACCAGAUCAUGCCAUGUUAUGUUGCGAGUUUUCUUCUGAUGGUGGGGCAGUAGUGAUGGCGCUUGAAGGCAAGGACAGACUGGUUACUCUUCUUCUGUGUCACCUUACCACAGUUGAUGAUGAAAAGAUGAAGAUUAGAGAGUUUGGAGACCCAGAUAACAAAGGCAAAGUAUUUGAUGUCAGUGAAGAAGAAUAGGUAAAGAAUUCUGGAGUUGAUAAAGCUAUUAAGAGUCAAACUUCAUACAAGCUUGUGGCCACUAACACAUAAGCAGCAACCUACAUCUGUUUUGCUAGUGUUAGAAAUUCCUGUCACUGAAACGUGGAGAUGUGCAUUUGUACAGAGCAGCAUGUAUCACACCUUUACUUCUUUCCUUUAAAAUAUUUUUCAUAAAUGGUAAUUAUAUUGCUUCUUGAAUGUCAGUAUGUUUCAUACCAACAUUUGUAAUUUAGCAAUUAUUAUUUUAAUUCAUUAAAACUGUGAAUUCCCAGAAUUUAGUGUACUUAAAACUUUUCCAUUUGUUCAUCUAAUUUAGAGAAUAGAGAACUAGUGAAUUUUUUUUUACUGUCAAUUAGAGUUCGGGAUUGCUAUAUCCAUUAUUAUAAAUACAUUUUUCUAAACUAUUUAGGCAUCAAGUUCGUAAUCCUCAAUAACACCUAAAUUGCAUCACGCAAAAUAAAAUAAUAAAACAAAUACUGUCAGUAUUUUUAAUUGUCCCACCAACUGCUGUUAGGGUUUCCUCUGUAUUCUAAAUAUCAAAUGAGUGGUGAAGAUGUUUAUGCAAGUAUUUUGAUAUAAAGUUUUAUCAUUAGUUUGGAAAUUUCACCAUGAUAAAUUUACUACUGUAUUUUCAGAAUUUUUGCUUUGAGGUGCUAUGAAAUUUAUUCAAGUGUUUUUGUUUGUAGGCAUGUCAUGUAUUUGGAAGAAAAGUUUAAGGUAUUGUUUACUUGUUUUUAAAAAUUCAAAUUCAAUAUCCAUUAUUCAUAAACCCAGUUCAUGUACAAUUAACUGCUUAUCGUUGCUUGUUGUGUUAAUGGGAGACUUAGGACUAAUUAAUAUUUUCAACCUUAUAUUUUACAGUUGUACAUAGAACUGUUAAAAUAUGUGUAAGUUAAAUAUAAGUCAGUGGUUACUUGAUAAACCUGUUUAAAAAUGUUUAAUCUUAAAAAAAAUUACCAGCAGCAACAGUUCACUGCUGAUAUGUCAAAAUGAUGCAAAUUCAAAAGUCCAGGUUUACAAAUUAAGAGACACAUGAUAUUUAAAGUACAAAAAUUAGGACAAAUGAACCAUUUGUAAUCGAAACAACGUGGUAUAACAUUUUCAUGUAAAAUCCAAAUCAUGAAAGAAUGAAUAACAUGUUAACUGCUGUGAUGCUUGGCAUCAACUAUGGCAGGUGCUAAUAAGUUUUAAUGCAAUAUCAUUGUAUUUUCAAGUUAAACAAUAGUAAUAAUAACAAUAAACAAUGUGUGAUAUUUUCCUUUUUUUUCUAUAUUUUAUUUAAGAUGGAAAUGUGCAUCUUCAGCAUUACACAAAAAUUAUAGAAGUCAAGUGCUGCAGAUGCACAUGUGUGUCUAGAAAUUUAUCUAGAUGGAGGAAAAAUCAUUUUAUUUGAAGAAAAGACAAAGUCAAUCGAAACAGGUAUUUAUCAUUAUAUAUGUAUCACAUGAUGAAUACAUUAAAAUUUUUAUGGUACACUUUGAAGCACAGGUCCAGACAAAAAAAAAGGUGAUCCUGGACAUGCUUCACUGUUAUCAAUUGAAUCUUGCAUUUUACCUUUUCACUGCAUAAUCUGCACUUUAUCAUUGUUUUGCUGCUUGGACCAAUUUUGCAUUUUGUUGGUAAAUGCUCAAUAUCUGUAGCUUUAAGUGAUUUACUUACAACUGGAGGUGGUGAAAGCUCCUUUGUUACCACUAGACAAAAAUCAUACAUUGUCAUUUUGUUCCCAGAAUAUUGAUUAUACAAAUAAAAAGAAUUUAGCAGUCA